AUGGUCUACCCCACUACCGUGAAGACGUACCUCGAGCGCGCUGCCUCGCACCCGAACGCGGCGGCCCGCAAGCUGCUCGAGAUCAUGGACCGCAAGAAGACGAACCUCUGCGUGUCGGUCGACGUUACGACGAGCGCCGAGGUGCUCGAGGUCGUGCGCAACGUCGCGCCUGCCGUGUGCAUGGUCAAGACCCAUAUCGACAUCAUCUCCGACUUCACCCCCGCGCUCACCGAGGAGCUGGCCAAGCUCGCGGACGAGUUCGACUUUGUCAUCUUCGAGGACCGCAAGUUCGCCGACAUCGGCAACACCGUCGCCCUCCAGUACUCGUCGGGCGUGCACAAGAUCGCCGACUGGUCCCACAUCACCAACGCCCACCCCCUUCCCGGACCUGGCAUCAUCUCUGGUCUCGGCACCGUCGGCAAGCCCAAGGGCCGCGCUCUUCUCCUCCUCGCCGAGAUGAGCAGCAAGGGCAACCUCGCCACUGGCGAGUACACCAAGACCGCUGUCCAGAUGGCCCGCGACGCCGGCCGUGACUGGGUCGUUGGUUUCAUCGCCAUGGGCCGCGUCGACGCCGAGGGUGACCCCGAGGGCAAGGAGGACUUCCUCAUCCUCACGCCUGGUGUUGGCCUCGUCGCCAAGGGCGACAAGCUCGGUCAGCAGUACCGCACUCCCCGCGAGGUUGUUUACGACUCUGGAUGCGAUGUCAUCAUCGUCGGCCGUGGCAUCUACGGCGUCCAGGGCGGACGUGAGGCUGUCCUCGCCGAGGCUGAGAAGUACCGCGAGGAGGGCUGGAAGGCUUACGAGGAGCGCCUUACCCGUGCUUAG